AGAUUCUUCCAACUGAUCACACCGCACACAAACACACUUCACACACUCUCUCUUUGGAGUUCCAUCUACUGUUCAUCACACUGCAGCUCUAUAUAAACCUCUUUCAUUUUGAUCACCUCACUCACAAUUACCAUCACUCUUUCUCUCUGUGUUCCUCGCUCGUUUACACACCCUCCAACCUUCAACUUUCAGCUUUUUUUAAUCACCCUCUCCUUUCCAAAUGGCCAGUGUUGAGGUUGCACAGCAAGCACCAGCAACAGUGCAAGAUACUGAAACAACCGAGGUGAGCAAGACCGUGGAAACAACCCCGGAAGAAGUAGUCAGUGAGGUUCCUGCCACAGAACCACCAGCUGCUGAGGUUGCUGCCCCAGAACAACCAGCCGAUGAGGUUCCUGCCCCAGAAUCAACCACCGAAGAAGCAAAGAAGGAAACCACCGAAGCAGCAGCAGAAACAACAACUACAGAAGAAACCCCAGACGAAACAGAAAACCAAGUUCCAGAUGAAGUUGUGAGUGAGGAGAGAGAGACAAAGGAGACAGAGGAAGCGGUGGCAGAAGAAGAGAAGUCAGCAGAAGAGAAAAGUGACGAAGUGAAAGAAGAGGCAACAGCAGAGGAGACGAAAGCAAGUACUGAAACAGAAGCAGCAACCACAAAUGAAGAGAACAAAGCCGGUGAGGCAGUGGAAGAGGUUCCUGUUGUUGAGAAGACUGAAGCUUAGACCUAUGGACACUGUGAGUAAGAAAAGAAGUUUAAAUGGUCCUACUUGUGGGGAUCGGUUCUACCAUUUUGCAUGCCAAGUUGAAAAGCUUUCUCCUAUUAUAUUUCUUUAGUUUUAUAUUAUUAUUAUAUUAUGAUGGUUGUAUGGAGGGUAUACCUACGUGUAAGCACGACACUUGGCUCCACAUCAGCAUGCUUGGCAAGGGAUGACAUGGAAAAUUUUACGACUCGUGUGUUGAAUUUAGCUAAGCUGCUGGUGCGGGAGCUUAGGAGUGAUGUUUAUUGGCUGGGUUAAAUGAGUUUGUGAUGGUGUGUUAUUGUGUUUCUUUAGGUUUGAAUAAAUAAUAUUUACUUUAUAAGUUA